GCGGAACUUCCGCUUGCGUCAGUGUCAGCGUGCGAUCCAGAGAUGGACACAAACAGAACAGCAAAGCUGGAGUUUGCGGUGCAGAUGUCAUGUGACAGCUGUGUUAAUUCAGUAAAGGGCAUCCUGGAGAAAGAACCGGGAGUGCAAUCUGUGCACGUAGACCUGGCUAAGGAGCAGGUUUUGGUUGAGACGGCGCUCACCUCUCUACAGGUCCAGAGUCUAAUUGAAAGCACAGGCAGGCGGGCCGUCCUGAAGGGAAUCGGCAGCUCAGAAACAGACCUGGGCGCUGCUGUGGCGAUGGUCAGUGGGGCGGGGCUAGUGCAGGGCGUGGUCAGAUUCCUGCAGCUGUCACAGGAGCGCUGUUUGAUUGACGGGACGAUUGACGGACUGACGCCCGGAGCUCACGGCCUGCAUGUGCAUGAACUGGGCGAUCUGACGCAGGACUGCAUGAGCUGUGGAGAUCAUUUCAAUCCGUUCAGGAAACAUCAUGGAGCUCCUCAGGACUCAGAGAGGCAUGUAGGAGAUCUGGGUAACAUCACAGCUGGUCCUGACGGCAGAGCCUCAUUCCGACUGGAAGACUCUCAGAUCAAGGUGUGGGAUGUGAUUGGCCGAUCUCUGGUGGUGGAUUCUGGGGAGGAUGAUUUGGGCCGUGGGAAUCACCCGCUGUCCAAAAUAACGGGAAACUCUGGAGAGAGGCUGGCGUGUGGAAUCAUCGCACGCUCGGCCGGCUUGUUUCAAAACCCCAAACAGAUUUGUGCCUGUGAUGGUGUGACACUGUGGGAGGAGAGAGAUCGACCCAUUGCUGGGAAAGGACGUAGAGUCACUGACGCACCGACUGCUAAUCUGUAACGGGGUGAGGAGGGGAACUUCCCACACGCCAAGGACCGCAGAUGGACAUGAAUGAAUGAAUGAUAAGAGACCAAAAACGUGCCUGUCUGAAGCUGACAUGAUUGUCCGUUCAGGUUGAGAUUCUGAGCCAGGUUUUGAUGUAUCCGCAGAAAUCAAACCAUGUGUAAAUAUGUAAAUUGAUGGUGUGGAUAUAUAGUGAAAUUCAACUUAUCAGAGUGAUUCUGUUUUACUUUGGAUUCUAUACGCUACCAGUCAAAAGUAUUUAAAGAAGUCUCUUCUGCUCACCAAGCCUGCAUUUAUUUGACCCAAAGUACAGCAAAAAUUUUGAAAUAUUUCUACUAUUUAAAAUAACUCCUUUCUAUUUGAAUAUAUUUUAAAAUGUAAUUUAUUCCUGUGAUUAAAAGCUGAAUUUUCAGCAUCAUUACUCCAGUCUUAAGUGUCACAUGAUCCUUCAGAAAUCUUUUUAAUAUUCUGAUUUGCUGCUCAAAAAAUUUUUUUUUUUUAUUAUUAUCAAUAUUUAAAACAGUGGAGUACAUUUUUUCAGGAUUCAAGAUAAAUAGAAAGAUCCAAAGAUCAGCAUUUAUCUGAAAUAAAAAGCUUCUGUAACAUUAUUCACUAUACCAUUCAAAAGCUUGGAGUCAGUAUACUUUUUUGGGGGGAAAGAAAUAAAAGUGAUUAUAAAAACAUUUAUAAUGUUAUAAAAGAUUUCGAUUUCAGAUAAAUGUUGUUUUUCUGAACUUUAAGUUCAUCAAAGUAACCUGAAAAAAUUCUACUCCGCUUUUUUCAACAUAAUAAUAAUAAUAAUAAAUGUUCUUUGAGCAGCAAAUCAGAAUAUUAGAAUGAUUUCUGAAGGAUCAUGUGACUGGAGUAAUGAUGCUACAAAUUCAGCUUUGAAAUCACAGAAAUAAAUUACAUUUUAAAAUAUAUUCAAAUAGAAAACAGUUAUUUUAAAUAGUAAAAAUAUUUCAAAAUAUUCCUCUUUUUGCUGUACUUUAGAUUAAAUAAAUGUAGGCUUGGUGAGCAGAAGAGACUUCUUUAAAAACAUUUAAAAAAACGUACUGUUCAAAAACGUCUGACUGAUAGUAUACACUGCUGUUUUAAGUUAAAAGUCACUAAAAAAGCUAAAAAUUAUUAUAUGCUGAUUGAUAAAAAAAUGGCUUUGAUAGUGCCAUUUGUAAACAUUUUGAAUUGAUAUAUUAUCAAUUAUUAAAUAAUAAAUAUUAUAAAUUAUUCUGUAAUUACACUUUAACCUGCCACUGAUCUGAAUUUCAUUCUUGUAUAAACGAGCUCUUCAGCACUAACCUAAAGUGUCUUCAUCUAAAACAUGUCAUUUUGUAUCAUUUGUAAUGAUUUUUGUCAUACAAAUAUUUAAAAAAAUA